UCAGGCAGAAGCUGCAACCCGCGGGGGUGCUGCGCGCACUCUCACCCCGCAGUCAACCGCGCCGGGGCGGGAUUGGGUGUGUCGGGGGUUGUGGGGGAGGUUGUCCCCGCGCUCUCGCGAGAAAUGCGCAGCUGCAAGGCUGAAGGCUGGGGGGCUGGGGUGCAGGAGCAGGCGAGCGCCCUCGAAGGGCCGAAGAUGGGGUCGUGCGCCGCCAAGUUGCGGCUGCGGCUGCUGCUGCUGCUGGCGCUCAUCUUCCAGCCCUGGGAUCCCUGCCUGGGUACAAACUCGGAGAAGUCUUCCAGCAUCCCCACAGAUAAAUUAUUAGUCAUAACUGUAGCAACAAAAGCAAAUGACGGAUUCCAUCGAUUUAUGCAGUCAGCCAAAUACUUCAAUUACACUGUGAAGAAGAGCUGGAAAAGGUUUAUUGGUUAUGCUCCAUAUGUCAACCGUAUAGUUCAACAAUGGAAUCUCCAAGAUAAUGAUGAUGAUCAGCUAUUUUACACUAAAAUUUACAUUGAUCCACUGAAGAGGGAAGCUAUUAAUAUCACUUUGGAUCACAAAUGCAAAAUUUUCCAGACCUUAAAUGGAGCUGUAGAUGAAGUUGUUUUGAAAUUUGAAAAUGGCAAAGCCAGGGCUAAAAAUGUAUUUUAUGAAACAUUACCAGUGGUAAUUAAUGGAAAUGGACCCACCAAGAUUCUCCUGAAUUAUUUUGGAAACUAUGUGCCUAAUGCAUGGACACAGGAAAAAGGCUGCACUCUUUGUGAUUUGGAUACCAUUGACUUGUCUGAAGUUGAUGUCUAUCCAAAUGUAACCAUUGGUGUUUUUAUUGAGCAACCAACUCCUUUUCUACCUCGAUUUCUGGACAGACUGUUGGUACUAGAUUACCCAAAAACAGGACUUAAACUCUUUAUUCAUAACAAAGAAGUUUAUCAUGAAAAGGACAUCAAGGUAUUUUUUGAUAAAGCUAAACAUGAAAUCAGUUCUAUAAAAAUAGUAGGACCGGAAGAAAAUCUAAGUCAAGCCGAAGCCAGGAACAUGGGAAUGGAUUUUUGCCGUCAGGAUGAUAACUGUGAAUAUUACUUUAGUGUGGAUGCAGAUGUUGUCUUGACAAAUCCAAGGACUUUAAAAAUUUUGAUUGAACAAAACAGAAAGAUCAUUGCUCCUCUUGUAACUCGUCAUGGAAAGCUGUGGUCCAACUUCUGGGGUGCAUUGAGUCCUGAUGGAUAUUAUGCUCGAUCUGAAGAUUAUGUGGAUAUUGUUCAAGGGAAUAGAGUAGGGAUAUGGAAUGUCCCAUACAUGGCUAAUGUGUACUUAAUUAAAGGAAAGACACUGCGAUCAGAGAUGAGUGAAAGGAAUUAUUUUGUUCGUGAUAAAUUGGAUCCUGAUAUGGCUCUUUGCCGAAAUGCUAGAGAAAUGACUUUACAAAGGGAAAAAGACUCCCCUACUCCGGAAACAUUCCAAAUGCUCAGCCCCCCAAAGGGAAUGUUUAUGUACAUUUCUAAUAGACAUGAAUUUGGAAGACUAUUAUCAACUGCCAAUUACAAUACCUCCCAUUAUAACAAUGACCUCUGGCAGAUUUUUGAAAAUCCUGUGGACUGGAAGGACAAGUAUAUAAACCGUGAUUAUCCAAAGAUUUUCACUGAGAAUAUUGUUGAACAGCCUUGUCCAGAUGUCUUUUGGUUUCCCAUAUUUUCUGAGAAAGCAUGUGAUGAGUUAGUGGAAGAAAUGGAGAAUUAUGGCAAGUGGUCUGGGGGUAAACAUCAUGAUAGUCGUAUAUCUGGUGGUUAUGAAAAUGUCCCAACUGAUGAUAUCCACAUGAAGCAAAUUGAUCUGGAGACUGUAUGGCUUCAUUUCAUCCGGGAGUUUAUUGCACCAGUUACACUGAAGGUGUUUGCAGGGUAUUAUACGAAGGGAUUUGCACUAUUGAAUUUUGUAGUAAAAUACUCCCCUGACAGACAACGAUCUCUUCGUCCUCAUCAUGAUGCUUCCACGUUUACUAUCAACAUUGCACUUAAUAAUGUAGGAGAAGAUUUUCAGGGAGGUGGCUGCAAAUUUCUGAGGUACAAUUGCUCUAUUGAAUCACCACGAAAAGGCUGGAGCUUCAUGCAUCCAGGAAGACUUACACAUUUGCAUGAAGGACUUCCUGUUAAAAAUGGAACUAGAUACAUUGCAGUGUCAUUUAUAGACCCCUAAGCUUUUUACUUUUCUUGGAAUUGAAUUUUCUUUUGGAAUGGAUGACUGGCAUGAACAUAUCUUUGAAGUUGUGCUUAAGAAGAUGAGAGGAAUAUUUAAAUUAUUUCAACAGAACAACUUCACUUUGGACUAAACAUUAAAAAAAAAAACUUUUUGUAAAAAAAUUGUUUGAUAUUUCAUAAUGUCUGCUCUGAGCCUUAAAACAAAGAUUGAAAAAGAAAAGAAAGGACAAAAGUUAAAACAAAUAUUUAUUUCUAUGCCUUAUUGUUGCUAAGGAUCAUGAUAUAUAUAUUUUUUAAUUUUGUUUUUCAGUUGAAGUAUUCAGGUACAAAUGUGCAAGUGAAAUAAUAUGUUCUUAUUUAACGAAAGUCUGGGAAAUAUGUUUUUAAUAACAUACAGACAAAAUUGACAUAAAUGAAAAUUGACAAUUUUCCAAAAUGUUGGAAUAACCAGUCUUCUAACUGCAUGUGAUGCGAUUAAUCAUGUAAGUUUG